AUGUGUAAUUUUUAUCUGAAGCAUAUACCAAAUUUUGCACUAACAGCGGAAGCUUUAACUAAUUCGACAAGGGAAGAUGUAAAAUAUGAGCGGAAUGAUGCCUGUAAUAAUGCCUAUGUAACAUUGAAAGAGAAGUUACUAAGUGCUCCUGUCUUAGUCAAAGCUGACCAAACUAAAGAAUUUGAACUACACACAGAUGCUAGUGAUACACACAUAAGUGGAGUAUUAAUGCAGAAGGAACAUGAUGAUCUGAGACCUAUAGGAUACUAUUCUAAGAAGUUAAAUUCAACAGAAGGAUAUACUCAGUCACUGAUAAGGAAGCAUUGGCUAUCAUCGAUGCCUGUAGAUUUUUCAACCAUUAUCUUUUGUAAAGGCACGAAACAUAUUGUACCAGACACUCGUAGUAGGCCCAUUGGAGCCAUCACCAAUUGGAGUGAGGAAGCAUUACAACCAAAACAUGGGUCCAUAAUACAUCAGUGGAGAGAUUUACCACCAGUAAAGGAUAAUGGUCAGAGGGUAUCCAUAGAUCUGAUUGAUUUGCAUGGAAGUAGGGCAGGAUUUAGAUAUUGUCUUAUGGUCAUUGACCACUUUUCUAGAUUCUUGAGAAUUUACCCUUUAAGAAACAAAAGUACAACAGCAGUUGCCACUGAAUUCGAGAAAGACAUCUGUAGGUAUGGAACUCCUCGCUUAGUGAUUUCAGAUAAUGGAAGAGAGUUUACUGGAUCAGAAUUUAGAGAGUUCUGUAAGAAAGCAAGAAUAAAACAAGGAUUUUCUAUACCAUACCAUGCUCGGGGUAAUUCAGUUAUAGAAAGAGCCCAAAGAACUCUUAAGACCGUACUUCACCUUACUGUGCAAUUUAUGGCAAGACAUCCCAACAGAGAAGUAGUACAGCAAAUGUUACCAGCUGAUGAGGAGGAUAAGGAAGAUAAAUUAGACGUGAAAAACUUGCUGAAAGAAACUUUGAAACUAACUACCCAGAAAUACUUACAAAAGACUAAUGUGGGUAGAAAGAACAAACAAUUAGAAGUUGGAGACUUGGCAUGGGUCUAUGUUGAGGAACCGAUUCCUAAUGCUGCUGCUAAAUUAGACAGGAAAUGGAAGGGACCAUUUAAGAUUAUUAACGUGGUCGACAGAGGACGUGCAUAUAGACUAGAUAAUGUUUUUGAUGGAAAUAUAGUGAACAGAGCUGCAGAAAAGUUGAAAGUUAAGGGCCCCCCUAACGGAAGCCGCCUCGCCGCGGUGGGGGGCCUUGAGGUCCCAAUGAGCUGCCAGGGGGCUACGUCCCCUGGCCCCCGUGGUAAUAUAAUACACCUAGCCAGGGGCUACGCCCCCUGGACCCCCGUGGUAGUAUAUUCGUCUAGAAUUCAUCCUCGCAAUGAAUUGGCUGAGGCAGCUUAA